GACAUGCAACUCUUGGCUCUGUUAGGCCUCCACCGGUCUGUUACGCCUUACGCAUUGGACACGGAGGCCCUCGGGAUCCUAGACUAGACGCAUACUACAAUUUAACCGUUUUUAGUCUUUAGUGUGCAUUUUAUAUGUCUCCCAGCGUUUGCUUCGCUGAUUCAGGAUUUGUUAUAACUACAUGUCUUUCAGAAGGUGUCACUGCUUCUGUGUACAAGGCCAAUCGUGUCCAAGAUGGACUUCCAGUUGUGCUGAAAGUUUUGGAUGCACCAUGCUCCUCUUCAUCUUCAGAACAUGUGCAUAAUGUUACAGAUACUAAUGGGAAUUCCUUUAUGCCGAGAGAGCUUUUAAUUUUGCAAAAGCUCGAACAUAUAAGCGGCUGUGUCCGCGUUUUGGAUUUUGUUGAAAACUCCGUCAGCCAGAAGUGGACAAUAGUUUUUGAAGAUUUAGAAUCCAACGGGUUUAUUAACCUCGCUAAUGAAGUUUCUAAAGCGGGAUUUCAGAUAUCGGAGUUAACGGUAGCAUGGAUUAUGAGAGAACUGAUCAAAGUGGUUAGCGAGGUUCACUCAGCUGGUAUUUUACAUUGCGACUUGAAGCUGGAUAACGUUUUCGUUGACUUUAAGCAUGAAGCGGUUAAGCUGAUUGAUUUUAACUUAUCAACAUACAUAAGCGAGAGCCAUGCAGAACCUUUAUCAGGUUUCACAGCGGAAUAUGCCCCUCCGGAGGUGCUAAUUCAACGCAAAACCUGGAGUGUAUCCGGUGAAGUCUGGUCACUUGGCUGCAUCGCCUUCGUGCUAUUGUGUCGGAGAUUCCCAUUUAAAAAUCCUCUGAUGGCAGCGUUUUCCAGUCCAGCUUACCCUCCGUGUUCUGCCGAAAGUGGGUCGCAAUGCUUCUCGCUGCGUCCAAGUAGUAAACUGUUUCAUUCUUAUUCGUUCCCCAGUUUUAACUUACCCCAACACAGUAUGAAUGGGUCACCAGACAAACUGACUUUGUCACACAAAGCGAAGGAUUUCUUGGUCUCGUGUUUGUGCCGCGAAGCAGACCAACGCCCAUCACUUACGAAAUUGCUGGAGCACCCUUUUUUGAGAUCGCGGACUGUUUGAUGAUCAUGUAUCCACAGUUUGCAGCAUUUGAUUCUGGAGAUUGCACGUCAUUUUUUGAUGCAUUGUAGGUGAUAUGCUUAGAGAACAUUGUCUCAGUUAACACGCGUGAUGGACAACAUUGUCUCAGUUGAUGACUUUUUCACUACUUUUAUCGCACCACAACCAUCUACUUCUGUAAAUACUAUAAACCUGGUCAGUUAUAAUGCUUUGUUCCUUAUCUUUGCAUUAAUAAAGAUGUAUUCCUUGUUUCC